AGAAUGGCUGGUGACAACUACACGUCAGCGUCAGAAUUCAUCCUCCUGGCAUUCACUGACGCGCCAGAGCUACUGGUUCCCAUUUUUAUAUUCUUCCUCGCGAUCUAUAGUGUCACCGUGGUGGGGAAUCUCGGGAUGAUCACGUUAAUCAGCCUUGACCCCCAGCUCCACACCCCCAUGUACUUUUUCCUCAGCAACUUGGCUUUUGUGGAUUUCUGCUGCUCCUCUACGAUCGCUCCCAAAGCCAUGGAGACUUUCCUUGCGGAGAGGAAAGCCAUUUCCUUUGCUGGAUGCUUAGUGCAGUUGUAUGUCUUUAUAGCUGCGGUCUCUGCUGAGUGCAUGCUCUUGGCGAUAAUGGCCUAUGACCGUUAUGUGGCCAUCUGCAAUCCUCUACUCUAUGUGACUCUCAUGUCCCAGAAAUUCUGUCGCAAGAUGGCAGCCGGGGCUUACGCACUAGCUUGCUUAAACUCCCUGAUGCACACCACCUUAAUAAGUCGUUUAUUUUUCUGCCACUCCAACGUCAUUGACCACUUUUUCUGUGAUAGUCCCCCACUCUUCAAGCUCUCCUGCUCUGACACACUCCUCAAUGAAACGCUCAUUUUCAUUACUGCCGGAGUGAAUGGAUUAGGCUCCACCCUGAUCAUUCUCAUCUCUUACAUAUACAUACUCUCUGCCAUCCUGAGGCUCCCCUCCAGCCAGAGCAGAUACAAAGCCUUCUCUACUUGCACCUCCCACCUGAUGGCCGUCACUAUUUUCUAUGCGACCGGCCUAUUUAUCUAUUUACAGCCCAGUUCCAACUUCACAGACAAUCAGAACAAAGUGAUUUCUGCAUGUUACACUCUAGUCAUCCCCAUGCUGAACCCACUGAUCUAUAGCUUGAGGAACAAGGAAGUGAAGGCCGCUCUCAGAAGAGUGAUGAGCAGAAAAUUAUCUUCUCAAUAA